CAUUCAUCACAGGAGUUGCUCGAUCAUGAUUCACUAUCAGAUUGUUCUAUCCUCUCUUUAAGCCGUCUUCUUAAAGAAAUAUAGGUUUCCCUUUUUCCUUUAAGUUACAAUAUAAUUGGGAGAAAUUAUUCGUUUAAUAAACACUCGACUUGCAUUAUGUAACUACACAUGCGCUAUUAGCAAUCUGACUUGUAUUCUAUUCACUGGAUCAUGUGGCGUGUAAUUUCGUAGGAAGCCGGUUAAAUUAAGUUUAGUUUAUUUUGAUAUUAAUGAGUUUUUAGGAAAAUAAGUACAAAAUGGUUGAAGAACAACAGAAACGAGUCGAAGAACAUACUAGCAAAAUAGUCGAAGAAAUUGAUAAAUCAAUGAGAAAAAUGAAGGGUGAUGCAUAUAGAUGUGCUGCAAUUUGUUGUGAUAAUGAGACCUAUAGUAUACAACGAGUGCAGAACUGUGUAAAAAAUUGCAAUAAUUCACUGGAUCAAGCUCAAGAAUAUGCUAGAGAAGAACUGGAAAGAGUUCAAAAUCGAUUACAAAGGUGUGUUAUGGAUUGUAAUGACAGAAUAAAAGAUGCGGCAGGUCCAAAUCCAUCACAGCGUGAUUUGGAAAAAUAUAGUGAAAUAUUUGAUAAGUGUGUAACAAAAUGUGUAGAUAAUUAUUGUGAAAUAUUACCUACCUUACAAAAAACAAUGAAAAAUGUUUUAUCUGAGAAGAAAUAUCAACAGUAACAUAAAUAAAACUAAUGAAUUGCAAUCUAGAGAUAAUAAAGUUAUUAAAUACUAAACUGCCAAUAUUUUAUGUAUAUUGCAUAGAAUUUUUUUUAAUUAUAUAUAAAUACAAUUUUUAGUACUACUUUAUAAAAAUAUCCGUUUCAAUAAUAUGUACUUUAAUUGCUUUUAAAUAUAAAAGACAACUAUAUGUAAACAAUAUUUUGUACACAAGGAAAUAGUGAACAUAAUGAAUUUUAUGAUUAUUGUAUUUAUUAAUUAAUACACUUGAUGAUUGCAGUGGUACAUUUUCAUUUCUCUUUUUAUUCUUUUCUCUCACUCGCUUUCACUCUCUCUCCCUCUCCCUCCCAGCCUUUCUAUUUUGUUAAACGUAAUAACAAAUUCUGUGUUGCAAUUAAUAUCAUUUCUUUAUUGUUACAAUAGACAUUACGCUUAUUGCACACUUUUUUCAUGAUAUAAAACCUUUACACCACUCUCGCUCAAAAUACAAAAUAAUCGGUCAAAAUGUGUUGCGUAAAUUUUGUUCUAAACUGUAGGUAAUCUGCGAAUAAAUUGUUUAAAUAAUAAUAAUUUAAAUAUAAAUAUCAACACAACAUAAUUCAAUUGUUUCUUCACGUGUACAAGUUCCUAUAAAAUUAGCCAUUGGGCUUAGUAUUCAUUUUCUUUCGUUUUUCUUUCUGAAUCAUUGUAACAUUCAAUUCUUAUCAUAGCUGCAAAGAUUAAGGUGGCUCAGUGCACUUCUUGUGCAAUGUAAGGUAUGAGCGAAGUGCCUCAUUUUUUUGCAAUAAACAGCCCUUUGCUGAUAUGCAAACUCGCAAAAAUUCGACGAGAGUGAUUACAUUUCAAGUAACGACACAACUUCUCGCUUAUCACCUUUUUUUGUCUUUUUUUAUAUUUUUUUUUCUUUUUUUUUUUUUAAUACGCGUCUCAAAUUCCUAAAUGCGACUCGUACAUGUGUCGAUUAUGACUCAAUGUCGUCAAAUGGAAUGGCAUGAGUGUUUUUUUUUGUUUUGGAAAAUGUCAAUUUUCUCAGAUGUCUCGAGGUAUAAGUGAAUGCUGCGGUAUUUAUUUCGCACCUGGCGUCGCACGGAUUGAGAAAAAAGGUCUAUGUAACAUUUUGUAUCCCAAUCAGUCAGACUCUUCGGACUAGAUUUUUUUUUCUUUUAAUAAGAUUGAGAUUACGCGCUUCUUUAUCAAACGCUGGUCAUAUGUGAAUAACUGUAGGUACAUCUGGUAGAAAAAGAAUUGAAGGUACAAGGUGAAUGUAAGUUAUGGCGCUGUGGCAACAAAUUUGGCCAGUGCGUUUCGCCCUUAUGAAAAUUUGAAUUCCAAUCGUUCGCGCAUUAUCCUCUUUUUCUUCUUUUCUUUUCGUAGAAACUCAAUUAAAUUCGACGAUGGUACAAAACAAGACAAGUACCUACAUAUUCUGCUUUAGAUUUUGAGGUAAUCAGAUAUCACAAAAUACAAAGAACAGUAGUUAAUUUUUUUAGGAAGUUCCUGCUUUUUUUAA